AGUGGUGGUACUAUGUUGUGUUGCAGCUGCGAGAUGAACGAGUGGGAGAGCGCGUGGUACUGGCGCGAGAUGCGGCGGCGGCCCCUCAUGAUCAGCACCGCGGCCGAGGGGCCCGCGCGCCGCCCUGGCCGCCGCGCCCGCCACGCGCGCGCCGCGCCCCAGCAGCCCGCCCUGCGCCCCACGCCCGCGAUGCUGCGUGUGGAGGAGUCUCCAUCAUCAGAGAGCUCCAGCGAGACGUCGGACUCCAGCGUGCAGCUGGACGGCAGCUCCGCCAGCGAACACUCCUCGCGUUCCGCGGAGCGCACGCGCCGCGCGCCAGACGCGCGCGCACGCGCACGCGCACGUGCACAUGCGCUCUGCACUGACAGUUCGUCGUCGUCGCAGUACUCGGACUGGGAGGCGGGGCCUGCGCUGGCGCCGCCCGCGCGCGCGCGCCGCCGCCCGCAGCCCACUGACAGAUACAGUCCUAGUACGACAACAACGAAGCGCGUGUCAGCCGCUCAGAGCGGGCUCGCGAGCGGCGCGGACGGCGGGGCCACGAGCGGAGCGGGCAGCGGGGCGGGGGAGCAGGCGGGCGGCGCGGGGGGCGCGGUGGAGCUGCCGGAGGCGUACCGCGUCGGCGAGUGGCUGACGGCGGUGUCGCCGCGCAAGGCGCCCUACCAGCCCCAGAUGGGAGACCACCUCAUGUACUUCAGACUGGGUCACCAGCGGUACUUCGAGGCGGUGGCGGAGAAGGACGUUUACAAGAUCAAUUCGCGCGACAAGCCCUGGGACAGGAUGCACAUAUACGAGUGCGAGUCGGUGAAGGUGGUGGGCAUGAAGUAUGUGAUAAAGCCGCCGCGCGUGGUGAGCCUGCGGCUGGCCAGCUCGCUGCCGGGCGCGGGGGGUGUGGGGGGCGCGGCGGGCGGGGGGCGCACCUUCACCGUGCGCUACCACGACAUGCCGGACGUGAUCGACUUCCUGGUGCUGAAGCAGCAGUACGAGGCGGCGGUGGAGCGGCGCUGGGGGCCGGGCGACAGGUUCCGCUGCAUGAUAGACGACUCCUGGUGGACGGGCAUCGUGCUGGAGCGCACCGGGGCUGCGGAGGAGGAGGAGGAGGAGGCGGGCGUGGGCGCGGGCGAGGCGGGCGCAAGGCGCUGGGCGCGGGACGCGGCCGCGCACUUCCUGGCGCUGCGCGUGCGCUGGGACAACGGCGAGGUGGAGAGACUCUCGCCCUGGGACCUGGAGCCCCUCGACCCGCAGAGGCUGCCCGCGCAGGCCGGCGGCGCGGUGCCGGUGCUGAGCUGCGAGCUGGCGGGGGCGCUGCGGCGCGCGGAGACGCACGAGUGGGCGGCGGGCGCGUGCCGCCACAUCGCGCGCCACCUCGCGCUCGCCAUGUCGCUCUCCGCCGCCGAGCCCUUCGCCGCGCCCGUCGACCUGCAGCGCUACCCCUCCUACGCGCGCCUCGUGCCCUACCCCGUCGACCUCUCCACCAUCCGGGCGCGCUUCGACAACCUCUACUACCGGCGCGCGGCGGCGGCGCAGUUCGACGUGCGCUGCAUCGCCAGCAAUGCGGAGCGCUUCAACGAGCCGCACUCGCCCAUCGUGCGCCAAGCGCGCCUCGUCACUGACCUGCUGCUGCACAUCAUCAGUAACUGGCGCAACGUGGACGUGGUGGCGAAGUACCACGAGCUGGCGGCCGCGUACCACUCCUCGGAUGACGAGCCGCUCGCUUCUACACUUACUAAGGUUAGAUUUAGGAGGAAUAUUUAGAGCGUCGGUGGCUCA